ACUAGAGAGCCUUUGGUGCUGGAAGGGAAGGGAUGCAAUUUGGUAGACCAUGUGGAUUUGGCUCCUUAGCAGAAGACUACAUAUCAAAGCAGGAAGCUGGCUGUCUUCCCCUGUGUCUGGAAUAAGGUGGGGGCAAUAGGCUCUGUGACCCAGGUGAACACUGUUUCUCCACAUCCCUCCAGUCUUGAACUGAGUCUCUGUAGGUGAAGGGUCUUUAAUCCCCUGUCAACUACUCCCCAAGACACACACUCAAAACUACAGGGACUGCUCAUACACCUUCUUUUCCAGAAUCUUCUAACAGCCCACUCUCCACCCCAACUAAUUACUAGUAAUCACAGAGGUGAAUGGACAACAGGCUCCCCCCACCCCUGUUAUAGCCCAGCUCUCUGAUACUGGGGUUUAUGAUUAACAAAUGUCUAGGAGACAGUUAAUGAGGUGGCCUCCAGGGCCUGGUCCCCAGAGGUAGAGCAGGCCCUGCACGGUCUUCCUGGAUGCCAGUCAGAGGCUGAGGGAGGAGGCCAGGCAGAGCCCGCUCUGGACAUGAGAGGCUUUGAGGGUAGCAGGGCUGCCUGGAAGGGGUGCAAAGACGCCUAGCUCUCUCUGGUGGGUUCAGACACGUGUCUCCAUGGCUCCUUACCACAUCCGCAAAUAUCAGGAGGGCGACCGGCAGCGUGUCCUGGAUUUAUUCUCCCGGGGCAUGACUGAGCAUGUCCCCGCCACCUACCGCCACAUCCUGAAGCUGCCGCAAACACUUGUGCUCUUACUUGGGUUGCCCCUGACCCUAUUCCUGGCCUCUGGGUCCUGGCUCCUGGCUGUCGUGGCUGGCCUCAUGCUUCUCGCUUCCUUGAUUUUGCCUGCCAGACACCAUUGGAAUGAGUAUGUGGUCAGCUGUUUGCAUGCAGACCUGGCUGACAUCACCAAAACCUACUUCAGUGGGCGUGGCUCCUGCUUCUGGGUGGCUGAGUCUGAGGGGCAGGUGGUGGGCAUGGUGGGAGCUCUGCCCAUCAAGGAGCCCACCAUGCGGAAGAAGCAGUUGCAGCUACUUCACUUAAGUGUGUCUGUGGAGCGCCGGGGCCAGGGGAUAGCAAGAGCCCUGGUCAGGACCCUCCUCCAGUUUGCGCGGGACCAGAGCUAUCAUGAAGUUGUCCUCGGCACCUGCAUGCUGCAGUUCUCGGCCAUAGCCCUCUACCAGAGUAUGGGCUUCCAGAAGACCCACCAGUACUUCCAUUCCAUGGCUGGCAGGCUGAUUGCUUUACCCAUAUUUCAAUUUACCCACCGGCUUCCUUCUGCUCAGGUCUCUGAGGCAUCAUAGCAGAAAGGGGACCUGUCCUCAGCUUCCUCAUGCAUCAGUCAGCACAGGCUGGGCUCUGCGGCAGUAACAAGCUAACCCUGAGUUCUCACUGUAACACUAGAAGCUUUUGUUCGUGAACAUGGAAGUGCCCCCAGGGAUGGUGGCGGUCCUGCUUGUUUCCGUCUUUUUGCAUUGUCACUGUUGCAUCUUAUCUAGUGAUUCAAGAGUGUUACAUAAAAAACAAUCAGAAAAGAAUAAUAAACAUUUACUCCGUU